AUGGGGGAGCCCGUGUUUGGGGUCUAUCUAAGCGGAAAGACCCACAAUGUGGUGGUAUCGCCGUCAAUGAUCCAGACUGUCUUGUCCUCACAGGGUGUGUCUAAUACAGACGUGCUUGAUCAAGCGCUGCGUAAUGUUUUCGGUGAUGGGGGUCUAACACGGAAUUUACAUUCGAGCCACGAGCAAGAUAUCAAUGAAAAUGUACCCAGCAUGAUCAACCGCGAGCCCUUCAUUCGCGAGACAUCAGCAGCCAUCACUAGGUCGCUUCAGAGGCAUGUUUCCAGUUUAGUUAGCUUCAGUCGAAGUCCCGUGGACCAGUUCCCCUGGGAGCGCGAUUGCUCCAUCGAAUUGCUGGAGCAAGACCAACCAACCUGUGAAGUGGAGCUCUUCUCACUAGUUAGGGAAUUUGUUGGUCAUCAAAUCACUGGCAUUCUGCUAGGCGAGGCUUUCCUUGACUCUUUCCCCGGCUUUCUUUCUCAAGUAUGGAGACUUGAGAGCAACUUUGUUUCAUUGUUCGUGGGAUUUAAAAGAUGGGCACCCAGCCCUGGAGUUUCUGCAGGCCACGCUGCACGAGAACAGCUCUUGCAUAUCAUGUCUAUCCUUUAUCGCGCAUUCACAGCCUGUGACGAUGGCAUGGACCCAGGCAUUGAACUCCGCGAUCUAGACGACAUGUCAGACUUGUUCAAGCAGAGAAUGCGAACAUUCCGAAAGUUAGGCCUCUCAUCGCGAGCCAGCGCGGCGGGGAUUCUAUCUCUUUACUGCGACUGGAUGGAGCAUAUUGUCAACAUAACAUUUUGGAACCUGGUCCAUAUUUUCAGUGACGCCGAGUUGCUCAAAGAGAUCCGGAAAGAAAUCGAACCCUUCGCUGAAACGUCUAGACCCAAUCGCAAAGAAACUGGGUUCCCAUUUACUGAACCUCCGAAACUCAGCCUUGACGUUGAAAAGCUUCUUGAAUCUUGCCCGUUAUUAAAAGCGUGUCACUACGAGACAAUCCGUCUCCACUCUAGUGGUAUCUCUUUUCGCAAACUGGAAUCUGACCUGACACUGACCGAGUCAAUCGGAGAAGCGUUAGCCCCUCGCACCUACAAGAUUCCCAAGGGACACAGAGUAUUAAUGCCCCAUGGAGUCUUCCAAAAUGACCCAACUCGCUUUUCCAACCCCGAUCAGUACGAUCCUCUGCGGUAUAUUACCAGAGACUCAUCAUCACCUGGGAGCAAGAAAGUCAACCCGGAUAUCCUCGGUCCCCAGGCAGAUGGCUUGUAUGGCCCCAAAGAGAACAAUUUCACCGAGCGGGCUAUUAUAUCUCUCACUGCUUCUAUUAUCUCGAUGUGGAAUAUUUCUUCCCCAGACAAGGAGUUCGUGGUGCCACGCCAAAAGAAUACAUGGGGGGCGUCCCGGCCCACACAGGAUGUCAAAGUCAAUAUCAGAGCGAGAGUUUGA